AUGAGUGGGAAUAGCCAUAAAAACAAGGUGGAACAUGGUCGUGGGAAGACUAACAAACAGGUUUUGAAGACAUGCAAGUUUCUAUUCCCAGACUACAUGGGGAUGUUUGAUCUAGGGAUACUGAAGCAUGAGGAAUUACGGUACUGUGAAUAUAUGGCGAAAGGUCUUGAACUUUAUAUUGUGGAGCAAUGGGUUUCUGGACGUAAGUUUUCGAAUGUGAUUACGUCUUUUACUGGUAAUUCAAGCGAAGUGAUAUAUGGGAUAUUGGUGCGUCUUCCGGUGGAUGUGCAGUACUGGCCGAAAGACUUCAAGGAGUACCAUGAUAAGAUAAUUGAUUUUUCUAGUGUGAAGGAGAUGGAUGAUGGGACUCGACUAUAUGUGACGAAUCUUUCGUUUUUCCCAUCGACGUUGAACUUGCUUCAUGUGAAGAACGGGUCGAUGAAGGAUUCGUGGCAGUUGUUCCAGGUGAACUUCAACUUAAAGAGACUUGGGUGUGGGAGUCGAUCCGGGAAUUUACUUGGAGAGCCUUCUAUCACUUCUCUUGAGAAGUUUGCUCAAAUCUAUAAGAUGACUACGAAGGAUCCGGAAGAGUUGCUGAAAAACUUGAUAGAGUUGGUGCGUGUGAUCCAGAUAUCGCUUACGUACUUCAGGCUCUUGGACUCGAAGUUCAAAGACGGGACGUUUUGCCAGCACACUGUGAAUGCUAUUCACGAGUGGUGGGUGAGCUAUGGAAAGUUGUACCUUGGGAUCGACAGGCCGAAAAACGAGGGUGUUCUAGGGCCCACCACAGUGGCCGGUAUUAUCAGUUUUGUGUUGACAUGUUACUUCAAGUUCAUUGUGGAGGAUUGCAUCUCGUUCAAGGAUCCAUUUAUAGAGAGUUCCUUUUACGCGGGAAUAUACAAUUUCCAGAAGAAACACAAUCUUCCAAAGACGUCAUAUCUCGAUAUGGAAACCAUGACCAAGUUGUUCAAAGUAACGUCAAAGGUAAACGGUACGGAUAUUUUCAAGUUGAAGCGUCGGUUGAAGUCAACGGUGCAGGACAUUGCUAGAAAGACGAAUCCGAUCCAGUUGGCUAACGAAAUUCUAACAACAGAUCUUGAUUGGUUAAUAGAGAAUGUUCAAGGCGGGUACCUCGGACUCUUUUGGAGCAAGAAAAGACAGUUCAAGGUGUCACUACAAGGGACUAGAUUCUAUGACCUUGACUAUAACCACGGGGAUCCAUUCAAAGAGGACGAUGAGUACUUGUCGAUACUGACAAAUGAAGCCGAUACCACGGCCAACGAUGACGAGAGCAAGGAAAAGCACGCCGAAGAGCAAUCCGAUAUAGAAGAGGAUACACCAGAAGCGAAAUGGAGCACAAAGGAGCAUGUUGAUUCAGAGAUAUACUACUGCAAUAACCAGGGCUUUCGAAACGAGCUCUACCGUAGGGCAACGCUCCCGCAGAUUUCAAAGGACAAAAACAUAUUCCAAACAGAUCACAAGUCUGUAGCCCCCACGUCUUCGGACGAUGAACAGCAGCCUAGGAUAUUGGGAGGUAUUAAUGAGACUACGAAUAGAAGACGCUAUAGCUUCUCAGAUAUACAAGAAACGAUGGAAAUAUGGACCAUACCUUUCCAGGUUUCGCCAGUGAGGCUCGCACGAGAUAUAUUACAUAUUGAAAUUGCGCUGAGACAGUACGAUGCAGCGGAAGAAGAAGAAGAAGAAGAGGAUGAUGAUGACGAGCAAGGGUGCUGUAAGAAAAACAAAGAAGACUGUGUCAAAGAAGCCUCUGGUAUGCUAGAUACAUGUAAAAGAGAUUGCGAAGCUCUUAAGGACAAGGACAAGGAACUCCAUUUCAAGAGAACUGCGGUUGAGGCAGAACUAAAGGAGCUCAACUCGCUAGAAGCCAAGUUUAAUUACGAUCUCCGGAUCCUUGACACGAGAAUGAGGGACGUGGAGCAAAACUUGAGCCAGUUUGGUAACCGUUUGAACACUCUGGAAGAGGGUUUGAAACUUAAAAGCAACCAGUUCAAGGCAUUGAUCGAAACAGAUAUAAUAAGCAGUGCAUUAGAAUUAGACAAAUAUGCGUUCGAGUUCCUCGAGAACGAACAAGUAUGGAACGAAGGGGUAUUUUUACGGUCAUUAAGGUUGUAUAUAUGGCCCAUAGUGAAGAUGAGCUGGGAUCAGGCUAUGGGUUGGUGGAAACCGACAGCCAAUAUGUAA